AUGGCCAGCACUGAAACAUCAUUCGAAAGCGUGAUCCAUCUUUCGGGGCAUCUUGAGCUUUCGGACGCCUUCUCGGAUGACUGGCUCAAGGGUCGACACAUUCUUCUCACCGGCGGCGCGGGAGCGCUGGGAUCCAGUUUCGCGCGCAGAUGGGCGGGGGCCGGCGCAACGGUGGUCAUUGGAGAUCGCGACGUCGAGAAAGGCUCGCAACUGGUAGCCGAGAUACGACAAAGCCUUGGAAGAGACGACGCUGCCUUUUUUGUAGAGUGCGACGUCGCUCAGUGGGAGUCGCAGGUCCACCUGUUCCAAGAAGCCGUUCGGCUGAGCCCUCACCAUGGUAUUGAUACAGUUGUUGCCAAUGCUGGUGCUGGCGGUCCAGAUGUCUUUGGGGUGCCAACCAGAAAGGAACCCGAUCCCAAUGCUCCCCCAGACAUCAACACCACCAUGGUCAACUACAUCGGCGUCCUCUACACCGCCCAUCUCGCUUCCUACUACUUGUCGCGUAACCCAUGGUCAGCAGAGCACUCGCCGGGGCCUCGAACGGGCAGCACUCAUACAUUGCGCGAUCGCCACCUGCUUUUGGUGGGCUCUAUCGCUUCUUUGGCACCAGUGGUUGGAAGACCUCAAUACACUGGUUCCAAACACGCUGUUCUCGGCAUCUUUCGGUCGUUGAGGGCAACGAGUUUCCUGUCUGGGAUAAGGGUCACGCUUUUGUGCUCCUACUUUGUGGAAAGCGAUUUGGUGGCGUCUCAUAUCAAGCCACUACUCGAAGGCACAAAGUUGGCGGAAAUGCAUGAUGUUGUCGAAGCGGCGACGCGACUGGUAACCGACGAGCGCAUCUCCGGUCGUGCUUUGGUCGUCGCUCCGCCACUACAAAGAUCUGACGAACAUGGGCUCCUUGCACCUGAUUAUGAUCCCGGAGAAGCAGACGAAAUCCGAAUUUGGGAUUGCUAUGCGGAUGACUACCUAAAGGUUCAGGCUUUCACUCGACGGCUUAUCGAAGCGCUGAGGCAGCAAGAAGUCGCGAACAAUGUCUAA